CAAAAUAACGGACGCAGAGAGAGAAAGAGAGAGACUAGUGAAAAAAGAUGGAGAUUGGGUGCUGCAAGAAGGGGCCUGGUUAUGCCACUCCACUCGAAGCCAUGUCUGGUCCCAGAGAAUCUCUUCUUUAUGUCACUUGCAUCUAUACAGGAACAGGAAAAGGGAAGCCUGACUACCUUGCUACAGUGGAUGUAGAUCCAAGCUCACCUUCUUAUUCAAAAGUUAUCCACCGGCUUCCUGUACCUUACUUAGGGGAUGAACUACACCACUCUGGGUGGAACUCCUGCAGCUCUUGCCAUGGUGAUUCAUCACAAGAACGGCGUUUUCUUGUCCUACCUUCCUUGGUGUCUGGUCGUAUAUAUGCUAUCGACACACAAAAAAAUCCUAGGGGUCCCAGUUUGCAUAAAGUUGUUGAGCCUGAAGACAUUCUGAAGAAGACUGGGUUAGCAUACCCACACACAGCUCAUUGCCUUGCUUCUGGUGAUAUAAUGGUUUCAUGCCUUGGAGAUGGAGAUGGAAAAGCUGAAGGAAGUGGAUUUCUUCUACUUGACUCAGAAUUCAAUGUGAAAGGAAGAUGGGAGAAACCAGGGCAUAGUCCGUCUUUUGGCUACGAUUUCUGGUACCAACCCCGUCACAAGACAAUGAUCAGUUCAUCAUGGGGAGCACCUGCAGCUUUCACUAAAGGUUUCAAUCUUCAGCAUGUGUCAGAUGGUCUAUAUGGGAAGCAUCUAUAUGUGUAUUCCUGGCCCGAGGGUGAACUGAAACAAACAUUGGAUCUUGGUGAUUCAGGACUCUUACCCUUAGAGAUAAGAUUCCUGCAUGAUCCUUCUAAAGAUACAGGGUUUGUAGGUUGUGCCUUAACAAGCAACAUGGUGCGAUUUUUCAAGACCCCAGAUGGGUCAUGGAGCCACGAGGUUGCAAUAUCAGUAAAACCACUGAAGGUGCAAAACUGGAUUCUUCCUGACAUGCCGUCUCUUAUAACUGAUUUUCUGAUCUCUCUCGAUGACCGUUAUAUAUACUUGGCAAAUUGGCUUCAUGGAGAUGUGAGACAGUACAAUAUUGAGGACCCUAAGAAUCCUGUAUUAACUGGUCAAGUAUGGGUUGGGGGACUGAUUCAGAAGGGAAGCCCUAUAGUGGCAUUGGCAGAAGAUGGUACAACAUGGCAGUCUGAGGUUCCAGAGGUCCAGGGAAAAAGGUUGCGAGGGGGACCUCAAAUGAUCCAGUUAAGUUUAGAUGGGAAGCGGCUUUAUGUUACCAACUCACUCUUCAGUACAUGGGAUCACCAGUUUUAUCCUGAUCUCCCACGGGAAGGAUCUCACAUGUUGCAGAUUGAUGUUGACACUGAGAAAGGUGGUCUGGUCAUAAACCCCAAUUUUUUUGUGGACUUCGGAUCUGAACCCGACGGUCCUUCGCUGGCCCAUGAGAUGAGAUAUCCUGGGGGUGACUGCACCUCUGAUAUAUGGGUUUAAAACACCACCCCACUCUUUGUAUAAAUUGAUAAUAUAAUGCUGUCCAUCCACCUUAUGCUAGUGCUCCUUGAUGGGCGAAAUAAUCUGUUCCGACUCACUAAAUAUUAAUGUUCAACUUUGACAUGCUAUAAAAACUUCCAUAACUUAGAGAAGUUACUCCUAA